AGUGUCGGGACACUAAGAAUCAAUUUAGGUUGAAAUAGAGGAGCUACUCCUGGAUUUACUUUUGAUUUCCCCUUUGUUGAAGGGCUACUGGCAGGAAAAGGUAUACAGCUUCUUCCCCAGUGACUACAGCAUUUGCUGUGAUUUCACCCCACUCACUUAGUCUCUCGUCAUCCUCCUUUAUAACCCUGCCAUGGCAGCUGCCAAGCCAAAAGGGCAGAACUCACUGGCCCUGCAUAAGGUGAUCAUGGUUGGCAGUGGAGGAGUGGGCAAGUCAGCACUCACCUUGCAAUUUAUGUAUGAUGAGUUUGUAGAGGACUAUGAACCCACAAAGGCAGACAGCUACAGGAAGAAGGUGGUGCUGGAUGGGGAAGAGGUUCAGAUUGACAUUCUGGAUACAGCAGGUCAGGAGGACUACGCUGCCAUUAGAGACAACUACUUUCGCAGUGGAGAGGGAUUCCUCUGUGUCUUCUCCAUUACAGAGCUGGAGUCAUUUGCUGCAACUGCUGACUUCAGAGAGCAAAUUUUGCGUGUGAAGGAGGAUGAGAACGUCCCCUUCCUUCUGGUGGGGAACAAAUCAGACCUGGAGGACCGGCGACAGGUGAGCGCAGACGAGGCCAAGACGAGAGCUGAGCAGUGGGGUGUGUGCUAUGUGGAAACAUCCGCCAAGACCCGCGCCAACGUAGACAAGGUAUUCUUUGACCUAAUGAGGGAAAUCCGUGCCAGGAAGAUGGAGGACAGCAAGGAGAAGAACGGGAAAAAGAAGAGGAAAAGCUUGGCUAAAAGAAUUCGAGAGAGAUGUUGCAUUUUAUAGUAAAUAGUGCUUAAACAAUUAGUAUAACACUUUCCCCUUAAAUUUUAAAUAUGUAUAUAUCUAUAUGUUUGAAAAUUGACCCCACUGCCAGAUAAUCCUGGUGUGUGGAGUCAUGUGCAGCAUCGUCCUGUUUAUGCGUCACAGCUGAAGUCAAUUUAAAGUCAAAUAGUUUGUAGGUGAAGCUCUUGAGGAGCUCUUUUAUUUAAGGUGGAACAAUAAAGUCCAGGAAUUGGA